UUUCUCUGUCGCAUAACCUGAAAAUCCGUAAAGCAAAAAAUAACAUAAACAAAUUCGUUGCGAGUUUCACGUUGUUUAUUUAAUUCUGUUUAUAUUGCAUUUUAUCAUAAAGUUAUUAACAUUUCUGCAUUUGAAAUGGAUUUAAAAACCUACAAAAAAAUCCACCCGGUAAAAUACUACAAGGAUUACCUCGAGCACAACAUCAGACCGGAUGGGCGCGAAAUAGGAGAUCUGCGACCUCUGGCGAUCAACUUCGAUUCAAUCAAAACAGCGGACGGUUCCGCGAUUGUUAAGAUUGGGAACACCACGGUGGUGUGUGGCAUCAAGGCAGAACUGGCACCUCCGAAACCGGUCGAACCGGAAACCGGAUAUCUGGUGCCAAACAUUGAAAUAUCUCCACUAUCGUCGCCAAAGUACCGCCCAGGCCCCCCGAGCGAGGAGGCCCAAGUGUACAGUUGCUCGUUGGCCGAUGCAAUUCUCAAUUCGGGCUGUGUCAACCUGAAGGACCUUUGCAUCACCAAGGAACAACUGGUGUGGGCUUUGUACUGCGAUUUGGUGUGCCUGGACCACGACGGGUGCAUAUUCGAUGCGUCGGUGGUCGCGUUAGUGGCCGCGUUGCAUACCCUGCGACUGCCACAGGUUAAGCACAACCCGGACACGGACGAGCGCGAGGUGGAUGAAGACGGGGAACGUAUUGCGCUUAAGCUGAACUCGAUCCCGGUGACCACAUCGUUUGCGGUGUUCGGUGGACGAAUCAUAGCCGACCCGACGGCGGAGGAGGAAGCGUUGGCCACAUCGACCAUCACGAUUACCAUUUGCGAUUCAACGCUGAGCUACAUCAACAAGAGCGGUGGGGAUCCGUUGGAGAAGGCACUGCUGGACCAGUGCAUAGAGAAUGCGAUGAAGCGGGAAAAGUCCGUUAGGGGAUUGAUCCGAAAGAUGGCGAAGAAUAAAGCGUGAGGUGAACGAAUCAA